CAUGUUGACUUAUAAAGGAAAUCCUGAAUGCAGAAGAGGGGAGAAAGGCCUGUCUUCACCGCAGAACUUCCUUCUGCCGCUGCAUCGGCAUCUCCCUAGCUCGUGUGACUCCGCCUGCGUAGAAUGGACCCUGUUGUCCUCAGUUACGUGGACAGUUUGCUGAGACAAUCGGACAUUUUGUUACUGGAUCCUCCCUGCUGGCUGAACGACCACAUCAUUGGGUUUGCCUUCGAGUACUUCGCCAGCGAGCAGUUCCGAGACUUCUCCACCCAAGUGUGCUUCGUCGGGCCCGAGGUGGCCCAAUUCAUCAAAUGCGCCACCAGCCAGGAGGAAAUGGGCCUGUUCCUGGAGCCCCUGAACCUCCCCCAGAAGAAAGCCGUGUUCCUGGCCAUCAACGACAACUCCAGUCAGGCCGCGGGGGGCACCCACUGGAGCCUCCUGGUUUACUUCCGGGACAAGAACCGCUUUGCUCACUACGAUUCCCACACGAGGAGCAAUUCCAUCCACGCCCGACAGGUUGCCGGGAAGCUGGAAGCCUUCCUGGGCAAGAGAAGCAAGGCCUCCUUUGUCGAGGAGAAGGCCCCCGCCCAGCAGAACAGCUAUGACUGCGGGAUGUAUGUCAUCUGCAACGCGGAGGCUCUGUGCCGAGCAUACUUUCAGGCGCAGCAGGAGCCAAUCCUGCAGCUCCUGACUCCCUCCUACAUAACACAGAAGAGGAAAGAAUGGAAGGACCUCAUUGCCAAGCUCUCUCAGAAGUGACUUGCCCAUUGGCCCCCACGCCCCCGUGCCUGACAAAGAAGGUUGAGCUAGGAAUUGCCCUGCAGAGAAUGUCUUUGCCUUUACAUUUCUACACCGCCUCACUCUGUUGCCUGUCAGAAUAAAGCCAAGCUGCACGGAACUUAGAUGUCCUCUCUGAGGUGGGCAGUUAUAGCUUCGGCCAUUUGUUAAAUUUUCCAUGGCCAGAAAGGUUCCCUGCAACUCCUACUUUUCUUAUAUGCCUGUGCAAUCCAUUGCUGUGGAUUCAGCAACACUGGAGUAUACUUCUGCUUGUAGGUUUCAGCAGUCCUCUUCUGAAAUCACGCCUGAACCUCUGGAAACAAGAUGAGGAAAAAGGGCUGCUUGGUUGUAUAGAGUGCUUUGCCUACCUUGCAAAACAGUGCUGAUCACAGAAGGCAUGAUGCAGCAGAACUUCAAUAAAUGUAAGACUUGAC